AGAAUCACAGACACAGCUAAGGAGAAGAGGACAAAGAUACUCAGAGAGAAAAAGUAAAGGACAGAAGAAGGAGACUGGAGAUACCAGGCUCCUUCCAGCUGAACAAAGUCAGCCGCAAAGCAGACUAGCCAGCAGGCUACAAUUGGAAUCAGAGUGCCAAAGACAUGGGCUUGUUAGAGUGCUGUGCAAGAUGUCUGGUAGGGGCUCCCUUUGCUUCCCUGGUGGCCACUGGAUUGUGUUUCUUUGGAGUGGCGCUGUUCUGUGGAUGUGGACACGAAGCUCUCACUGGUACAGAAAAGCUAAUUGAGACCUAUUUCUCCAAAAACUACCAGGACUAUGAGUAUCUCAUUAAUGUGAUUCAUGCCUUCCAGUAUGUCAUCUAUGGAACUGCCUCUUUCUUCUUCCUUUAUGGGGCCCUCCUGCUGGCUGAGGGCUUCUACACCACCGGUGCAGUCAGGCAGAUCUUUGGCGACUACAAGACCACCAUCUGCGGCAAGGGCCUGAGCGCAACGGUAACAGGGGGCCAGAAGGGGAGGGGUUCCAGAGGCCAACAUCAAGCUCAUUCUUUGGAGCGGGUGUGUCAUUGUUUGGGAAAAUGGCUAGGACAUCCCGACAAGUUUGUGGGCAUCACCUAUGCCCUGACUGUUGUAUGGCUCCUGGUGUUUGCCUGCUCUGCUGUGCCUGUGUACAUUUACUUCAAUACCUGGACCACCUGUCAGUCUAUCGCCUUUCCUAGCAAGACCUCUGCCAGUAUAGGCAGUCUCUGUGCUGAUGCAAGAAUGUAUGGUGUUCUUCCAUGGAAUGCUUUUCCUGGCAAGGUCUGUGGCUCCAACCUUCUGUCCAUCUGCAAAACAGCCGAGUUCCAAAUGACCUUCCACCUGUUUAUUGCUGCGUUUGUCGGUGCUGCAGCCACACUAGUUUCCCUGCUCACCUUCAUGAUUGCUGCCACUUACAACUUCGCCGUCCUUAAACUCAUGGGCCGAGGCACCAAGUUCUGAUUUCCCAUAGAAAUCUCCCUUUGUCUAAUAGCGAGGCUCUAACCACACAGCCUACAGUGCUGUGUCUCCUAUCUUAACUCUGCCUUUGCCACUGAUUGGCCCUCUUCUUACUUGAUGAGUAUAACAAGAAAGGAGAGUCUUGCAGUGAUUAAUCUCUCUCUGUGGACUCUCCCUCUUAUGUACCUCUCUUAGUCAUUUUGCUCCACAGCUGGUUCCCACUAGAAAUGGGGGAUGCCUCAGAAGGUGAUUCCCCAGCUGCAAGUCAGAAAGGAAGGAAAGCUCUAAUUGAGUUUACAAGCAUCUCCUCAAGACCAGGAAUGUGUGCUUCCUUCUCAAAGGGCAUUUGUUUCCAUUAAGGAAAACAAAGCAGAAAGAAAGAUUAUCAGGUAGAGAGAAAGGAAUGUCCUUGGUCUCCUUGCCAUCAUUAGGAGCCAAAACCAAGAACUCAGUCUUAUCUUCCUAUUUCCACUGAAAACAGAAGAAAAAAAAUAAUGCUAGCAAAGCAAUAGCAUUUGCCCAAAUCUGCCUCCUGCAGCUGGGAGAAGGGGGUUAAAGCAAGGAUCUUUCACUCCUAGAAAGAGAGCUCUGACUCCAGUGGCAAUGGACUAUUUAAGCCCUAACUCAGCCUACCUUACUUACAACAUAAGGGAGCACAGUCUUUGUGAAGACAAAGGGGCCAUCAUCUGUCCUUACACCUCAUUAGGAAGAGAAACAGAGUGUUGUCAGGAUCUUCUCACUCCCUUUUCCUUGAUAACAGCUACCAUGACAACCUUGCAGUUUCCAAGGAGCUGAGAAUAGAAGGAAACUAGCUUACAUCAAAUACAGCUGUGACCUUAUUUGGUAGAGGCUAAAGGUGUAACUUGGGAUGGCCCUCUGGUAGAUGCAAGAUAGUUAACUCUUUGGAUAGCAUAUCUUUUUAUUUCUGUCAAUUAAUUGUGUCCUCUGGCCUCUGGCAUAUGUUCACAAUGGUGCUCUUUUCCUGGGGUUUUAUCCAUUCAGUCAUAGCAAGUGAUUUGAAGAUCUUGAUUAGUUCCAGAUUGAUUCAUGUUUCAUAUUUUCCAAUUAUUUAUCUCUUGUUUGGAGUUGUAUCAGAAUGAACUGGAGAGUGAGUCUUCAAGUAUGGUUUAUUUUGAAAAAAGAAAACUGAACAAUAUGCGUCACAAAAAUAUUUGAAAUUGUCGAGUCCAAUGAAUUUAUUGGGUUUUCCACAAGGAUUCUGCCAUUUUUAGAAAUAGGCUUAGUAAAUUUGAAUUUCAAGUUGAAUUACCUGUCUGAUAUUUUUCUUUCCUAACAAAUUAUAGAUGAUUUUACUGGCUAAUAUUAUGUUAGCAUUUUGAGAAUUAGGCUUAGCAUAGAGGUUAUUGUCUCUUGGUAUAUAUAGGUCACAUAAUAGUUUGUGCCAGCUGUCAGCUGUUCAGUUGGUAAUCUUCCACAGAGAUCUGGAGGAACAGAGAGGACAAACAGAAAGAAUUUGAAACCUGAAGAACUCCCAGAUUUCAGACUUACCCUGUAUUUGUUAACUUUAGGUUAAAAAAAAAACACAAACAAAUAAACAAACUCUGAUCUAUUUUUAUUGAAGUUUCCAAAAGCUAGUAUAGAUCUUUUACUGUAGAUUUGUGUUGUUAUUCCCCAAAGUGGCUUCUGCCAUGUUGAAGGAGAUUUAAGACUUUUCGAGAAGACAUUUUGACUCUUGUUUUGGGGCCAGUAUACAAAGUAAACUAGCAGGAUGCACAAGCGUGAGGAGAGGGAAAUGGAUCUGCAAGAAACCAAUCAAGAUCAAGGAAAGUUAAGUAAUCUAUAUAUUUUCUUUUGUUUUGAUUUAAUAACAUAACAGAUAACCAAGCAUUUCCUGAAGACCACACACAUACACACACACACACACACACACACACACACACACACACACACACA